CGGCGAACCACCGCAUGAUGCCACAGUCAACGCUUUCCAGUGCGAGUGCCAGCAUGUCGACGUCGAAUUCGCUAUCAAUCGCCCGUUUGGGAUUGUUUUUGUGUAUCUUGGGCUUGGUGGCGGCCCAGUUGAAGAGAGAGAAUGGCCCUUGCCAUGCGAAUGGGGAAUAUUGCCAGAUGCACGAGGACUGCUGCUCGGAGAAAUGCAUGACAUACUUGAAUGUCUGUGCCAGGAAGAUUGACGAAGGCCUUCCAGCGCAUAUGUCACACCACUCCAACAGUAUCUAUGACACCGAUGUGAAGGAGUCUGCCGAUAAAUUUCCUGACAUCGUCGAAAUCCAGACGCUGCCCAAUGAGUCAGAGCAAACACCACAAGAGAGGCAGGGCAUGAAGUGCAACCCCGUCGGCGGACCGUGCAAUGUCAGUGAGGAGUGCUGCUCGAAAAGUUGUCACUUCUACGCGCACAAGUGUGUCACCUAAAAAGAUGUGGAGCAGCGCCAGUCAUAAUAAUAAUUCGAAAUAUUACGCCAGUAAUAAU